UCUAGCAUAAAAAUCGUAAUAUGAUCGACAAAGUGGCUCCAGGAAAAUCUUACAUCGCAUUCAAUCUGAAAUGUCUUACAUAUUUAGGUACUUGGAAUCCUUGGAAUGACCGUCGAAGAUGGGUAUACAAUGUUUACACCUUUGUCAUGCUAUUUGUAAUGGCAUCCAGAAUAAAUGGAUACAUCAUAACAGCUCGAGCACUUCAGCACAAUUUUCUCCAGCAGACACUAAUGCUUGUGGUGAUAUCAACAUUCAGUGUUGGACUUCUCAAGCACAUCAACACCCUGUGGCAUCAUUCAAACGUUUUAUUCCUGGCUAGAUUACUCGCUUGGGAGAGAUCUACAAUAUGUUCAACACAAGUCGCUCUCUACAGGGAUGAAGUACUGAGGAAAACCAUGAAAUUUACAAAAAAUGUAACACUCAUUUGGCUGUGCCUUGGGACUUUCGAUUUGCCGCUUUUCUAUCGCGAGUGUCUAGACGAAAAUCACAGAACAAUCAAUCACCUGCCAAUAAGCUACACGGUUCUGAGGAAUUUAUUGGAGCCAUUGAAUUUUUUGGUGAUCUUGCUGAUUGAUUUCUUGACAUUUCUCAUAUACUGUUGUUCGAUUAUUUCGAAUGACUGCCUAUUUCUUGCUCUCAUGCUGCAUAUUGCAGCGCAAUUCAAAAUUCUCAAUUUCCGUUUGAAAACGUGCACUGCUGUUGAUGAUGAUUAUCAGAUUGGCGAUGAAUUUGAUACGAAUUCCAUCGGCACCAAGGGCCCGAAACACUCGGCUCCGUAUUCUAGUCCUAACCAUCAACUCAUUAUUUGUAUUCAACAUUAUCAAAAAAUUUUUGGAAUGAUGCGUGUGCUGAGAAAAAUUUAUGGGCUUAUUCUUCUGCCGCAAUUGAUUUCAAGUACAUCAUUAAUAACUUUUGUCGGAAUUCACGUGUUUGUGACGAAAACCGUGAACCUAGGAGAUCCAUCAUCAGCAGCAGUUGUCGUAUUAACUCUCUUCAGCGCCCUUAUUCAACUGGGAAUAUAUUGUCUCGCGGGUAAUUCUAUAAUUGUGGCGAGCGAUCUCACGGCAUUGGCGGCAUACAAUUGCCAAUGGUACAGAGAAGAUUCAGCAUUCAAAACCAAAAUGUUAAUAUUCCUAUCAAUGUCGAAAAGGCCCAUGUCCAUCAGUGCCAUCGGCCUCUUCGAGUUGUCCUGCAUUACAUUGAAAAAUGUUCUAGCUAAAUCUUACUCGGCAAUGGCGGUUCUCCAGAAAUCCGCUGAAUAAAUUAAUUAAUCCACUAUUUAUUUACCACUCUACACCGAAUUUAUUAAAAUUCCUUCUGCUAUAUUGUAAUUUUGUAAUGCAAUGUAACCUCUACUCUUAUUAUCGGUACACAUAGAUGACUCUAGUACAUCCGCCUCUA